AAAAUAAAUUUACAUGCAUCACCGUAGACGCAUAGACUAUCCCCCACCAGAUCGAUACGCGGGAAAAUUGGGAAAGAGGCGGGAACAAAAAAGGGGAGAGGGAUCACCCAAAAUGCGAUAACACGAAGGCUUGUUUUCACAGUAUUUCGCAGCUUUCUUCACACUCCAUCUCAUUUCUUAUCUUUGUUCAACGUAGGCACUGAUAUUCUCUUUAUCGGCCAACAUGGGGAAGAAGAAAUCUAGGGUUUCUGGCGAAGGAGAAUUAGAAGAAGAAGAACAGAAGGAGAAUCUGAAUCAAUCUCCCACAAGAGGAAAGAGUCUUUACGAGGUUCUAGGGGUUGAGCGGACAGCAUCUCAACAGGAAAUAAAGAAAGCAUACUAUAAGUUGGCCUUGCGGCUACACCCUGACAAAAAUCCUGGUGAUGAGGAAGCUAAAGAAAAAUUUCAGCAAUUGCAAAAGGUGAUAUCAAUUCUUGGUGAUGAGGAAAAACGGGCCGUCUAUGAUCAGACUGGUUGUGUUGAUGAUGCUGAUCUUGCAGGGGAUGUUGUUGAGAAUUUGAGGGAUUUUUUCAGAGCCCUGUAUAAAAAGGUCACUGAAGCUGAUAUUGAAGAAUUUGAAGCAAAUUACAGGGGAUCUGAUUCAGAGAAAAAGGAUUUGAUUGAACUCUAUAAAAGGUGCAAGGGUAAUAUGAACAGGCUCUUCUGUUCGAUGCUUUGUUCUGAUCCUAAACUUGAUUCACACCGAUUCAAGGAUAUUCUGGAUGAGGCAAUUUCUGCCGGGGAACUGGAGGCAACCAAAGCAUACCAGAAAUGGGCAAAGCAAGUGUCCGAAACAAAACCACCUACUAGUCCUUUAAAAAGGAAGGGGAAAUCAAAUGAACAAUCAGAAGCAGAUCUACUUGCUAUUAUAUCUCAGCGCCGAAAUGAGAGAAAAGACCGGUUUGAUUCCAUGUCCUCAUCUCUUGUGGCCAAAUAUGGUGGUAAUGCAGCUCCUGAACCUACAGAAGAAGAAUUUGAAGCUGCACAGAAGAAAAUUGAAGGCUCUAAGGCCUCCAGAAAAUUAAGGCGAAAGUAACUUUACAUUGUGAGAGAACAUGGCUCGAGGACCAAUUUCUUUUAUACAAACCUUAUUUCUGUAUGCAGUAGGUGCAAAUAUGUUUAUCUAGCAAAUUUAAAUGCGACUGCUAAUUGUGUGGA